UUUUAUGUUUACCUACAGUGGAAAAUAAAUGUGCCACCUCAAAUGCAGGAACAUGUACAAAGUGCCUUGCUGUAGGUCCAGAGUGUGGAUGGUGUACUCAAGAGGAUUUCAUGGGAGAAGCAACACAAAGUAGACGGUGUGACACUGUCUUCAAUUUAAUAAAAAAAGGAUGCCAAUCAGAUUUCAUCGAAAAUCCCAUGAAUAGUAUAACAACAUCCAGUGACCAUGAAGCAAAUAUGCAAGUGACACCAGGAAAAGUUUCUAUUCACCUACGGCCAGGAGGAAAAACAAGCUUCAUGUUAAAGAUUCGCCCUCUAGAGAAAUAUCCUGUGGACCUUUAUUAUUUAGUUGAUGUCUCAGCUUCUAUGCACAACAAUAUAGAAAAAUUAAACUCAGUUGGAUUUGAUUUAUCUAAAAAGAUGGCGAACAUUUCCCUGGACUUUCGACUUGGAUUUGGAUCGUAUGUUGAUAAAACUGUGUCACCCUAUAUUAGCACUCACCCAGGUAGAAUCCAUAAUCAGUGCAGUGAUUAUAAUUUAGAUUGCAUGCCUCCUCAUGGUUACAUUCAUGUGUUGUCCCUGACUGACAAUAUAGCAGACUUCAAAAAUGCAGUUAAUAAACAAAAAAUUUCAGGGAAUAUUGAUACACCUGAAGGGGGUUUUGAUGCCAUGCUCCAGGCAGCUGUGUGCCAGAGCCAUAUUGGUUGGCGCAAGGAAGCAAAGCGACUACUUCUUGUGAUGACAGAUCAAACCUCACAUCUGGCCCUGGAUAGUAAACUGGGAGGGAUAGUAAUUCCUAAUGAUGGGAAUUGCCAUCUGAAAGAUAAUAUUUACAUCAAAGCUACAAGUAUGGAGCAUCCAUCUCUUGGACAACUUUCUGAAAAACUGAUAGACAAUAACAUUAAUGUUAUCUUUGCAGUUCAAGGACACCAGUUUGAUUGGUAUAAGGAUCUUUUGCCUCUGUUGCCUGGUACUGUUGCAAAACAGAUAGAAUCACAAGCAGCUAAUCUAAAUGAUUUGGUGAUUGAAGCUUAUCAGAAACUGAUCUCUGAAGUGAAAAUCCAGGUGGAUAACCAGCUCAAAGAUCUGUAUUUCAACAUUACAGCAAUCUGUCCUGAUGGAAGUAGGAAUACAGGCAUGGAAGGGUGCAAAAACGUGAGAUAUGAUGAAGAAGUGCUUUUCAAUGUAUCCAUUGCAAUGAAAGGAUGCACUACAACUGGAGGACAAAAGUAUGCAGUACUCAAGCCUAUUGGUUUCAAUGAAACCACCAUAAUUAAUAUAUAUAGAAAUUGUGCCUGUCAGUGUGAGGACAGUGCAAGGCACAAAAAAAUAUGUGCUGAUGAAACUUUUCUUGAUGGGGAAAAGCCCCAUUGCAAAGCCACUAACUGCAGUUCUAAUGAAAAUACAUUUUUUGAGAAGCACAAGAUGCACCAAGCCCAGCCUGUUUGCAGUGGUCAAGGAGAUUGUAUAGGUGGGAAAUGUUUCUGUCACAAAAGCAAGCUGGGCAAAGUGUAUGGCAAAUACUGUGAAAUGGAUAAUUUCUCUUGCCCAUAUCACCAUGGAAUUUUGUGUGCCGGUAAUGGUGAAUGUGAAGCUGGUAAAUGUAAAUGCUUCAAUGGCUGGGAAGGUGAACACUGUCAGUGUUCAUCAUUAUCAGCAAAACACUGCAUAAAUUCAAAGGGUCAGAUUUGCAGUGGAAGAGGACAUUGUGUGUGUGGAAAAUGCGAGUGCACUGAUCCAAGAAGUUUUGGCCGCUUGUGUGAAUAUUGCCCAAACUGUAAUAAUGCCUGUGAUGAAAACUGGAGUUGUGUUCAUUGCCAUCAUUCCAACAAUGUAUCUCAAAUUAUACUUGACCAGUGCAAAACCUCAUGCACUUAUAUGAUGCAGUAUAGUGACAAAACUUCAGAAUGUUUCUCUGACCCAAACUACUUUAGAAUCUUUAUCAUAAUCUUAAUAGUAACAUUUCUGAUUGGGUUGCUUAAUGUACUUAUCAUCAGGCAGAUAAUCCUACAAUGGAAUAACAAUAAAAUUAAGUCCCCAGCUGAUUACAGAGUAUCUUCAACAAAGAAGAAGAAGAAGAUAGCUCUUAACCUUGCUUUAGAACUGUGACGGUAGUCUGCCCUCUAAUGAGAAGAAUAAUUUCAACCAGCCUAAAAUGGUGUAGACUACAUAUGGAGUAACGGACCGACAUCUGAAAAAGACGCACGUUAAAGUUAUGUAAAUAUAAAAUUGCAUCCUAAAGCCUAAACUGUCUGAUAGUGUAGACAGGAACAUACCUGUAAACUGAUUUCCAGCAGUAAACACACUGGAGGGAAAGCUGUCUUUCUUUAUUCUGUCCCCUAUGAAGCAUUGCUGGAACACCACUGAACAGAUCAUCUCUGAUCUUCAAAGGGAUAUGACUGGACAUAGGAAAAGUUUGAGGCAUGGUUCACUUAUUAAUUUGGGGCUAACAAUAUCCCUCUUUCUGCUGUAUACACUAUUCUUACUUUCUAUUCAUGUUAGCUAGUCGGGGGAAGGUUACACAGAAUGUGGGUAAACUUUUGAAUAUACACUUGUAUUUACUUAAAACGUAGUUAGACUGCUUUAAGUUGUGACAGAGAUGUCUAUUUUAUUCUUGUGUAGGAUUUGGUCAAUAUUUCCUCUACAAAAUCCAGUGCUAACCCCUUAACAUGAAAGGGACUUCAGACACUGGGUGCAUCUAGGUGAAAUUAAGCAACGUGAUAAACUCCAGAGCAGUUUACACCAGAGUAUACUGCUCCCAGGCGCAGCGUCUACACAUGCGCCUGGGACAGCAACUCUUUUAGCUAGGGCAGAGCAGUCCCGGGCUGCCUGCAGGAUCUGUGGGGGAGGUCCCCCCUGGGCUCUGGGUGGCAGCAUUGUGUGGCAGAGGGGCUGGCUAGGGCAUGAGAUUGUGAAACUGCAGAGUUGUGUGACUAGACGGCAGGCAGGAGUCUGUCCCCCUGUUGCCUGGGAUGACAGUGCAAUUGUCACCCAUAGUCACCAGCUACAUGUGUAUUUAGUUGCACUUAAUUAUUUUGCUAUAAGAUAGUAAUGUCCCUGAUGGUACUUUCUAACAGUGGAGUUAAUUAGUUUACUGCAGCCUGAUAUUGGUGCACAUGUAGACUGUGAUGCUUUACUGCAGAGCUAAUUAGUCUAUGCCAAAGUAAAGCACAUACACAUACAUAGAUGCACCC